AUGUUAUGUCCUAAGUUAACUUGUAUGCUUAGGCCUAGGCCUAGGACCAGACGGUUUUCUACAGCAAUAUUGAGUCAACCUCUGAAUUUCAUUAAUGGGACACGCUCUAUACCAACAAGUCACAACGAAACUGAAAACAUCACAGUCUUUAACCCAGCAAAAGGUGAAAUAAUAUGCGAGACUGUGAGUUCUGGGUCCGAAGAUGUUGAUAGGGCUGUGCAGGCUGCCAAAAAUGCUUUUCCACUGUGGUCCCAGCUCUCAGGGUUUGAACGAGGAAAAAUAUUACUGUCUGUUGCCAAUAGGAUUAAGGAACGUAGAGAGGAGCUUGCAGAGUUAGAGGUCCUUGACAAUGGAAAACCGAUCUGGGAAGCUAGAGUCGAUGUGCAGUCUGUUAUUGAUGGGUUGGAGUACAAUGCUGGGUUAGCCCCUACAAUUUCAGGACAACAGAUUCAACUACCAGGAGGCUCAUUUGCAUACACAAGACGAGAACCACUUGGUGUUUGUGUUGGAAUUGGUGCUUGGAACUUUCCAGUACAAAUUGCUGGUUGGAAAUCGGCACCCGCUUUAGCUUGUGGUAAUACAAUGGUUUACAAGCCUUCUCAAUUUACACCACUCUCUGCACUCCUGCUUGCAGAGAUCUACAAUGAGUCUGGUAUACCAGAUGGUGUUUUUAAUGUGAUUCAGGGACAAGGGGAAACAGGUAGACUGUUAACAUCUCAUCAUGAUGUGGCUAAGGUAUCUUUCACAGGCAGUGUACCCACAGGUAAAAAGAUUAUGGCAGACUGUGCGGGAGACAUUAAGAAGAUUACUUUGGAACUGGGAGGCAAAUCUCCUCUGAUUAUAUUUGCUGAUUGUAACAUCGAUAAUGCUGUAAAGGGAGCAAUGUUAGCUAAUUUUAUGACACAGGGAGAGGUAUGUUCAAAUGGCACAAGGGUGUUUGUAGAACAAAGUAUUAAAGAUGAGUUUUUAGAAAAAUUGUUGGAUAAGAUAAAAGACAUGAAGAUUGGUGAUCCUAUGGCUGAGGAUACAAUGGUUGGAGCAAUGAUCAGCAAAGAACACAUGGAGAAGGUGCUUGGUUAUAUAGAGGGAGCCAAACUGCAGGGAGCCAAUAUUUUGUGCGGAGGUGAAAGAGUGUACCCAGAGGAUCCAUCUCUUUCAAAUGGUUAUUUCCUAAGUCCCUGUGUGAUGGACAAUUGUACAGAUGACAUGACUGCUGUACAAGAGGAAAUCUUUGGACCAGCUAUGGCAGUGUUAACAUUUGAAACGGAAGAAGAGGUGAUCAAACGUGCUAAUGCCACUAAGUUUGGUUUGGCUGGCGGUGUAUUCACAAGUGACUUGACACGAGGUCACCGUGUUAUAGCUAACUUGCAGUCUGGUACUUGUUUCAUCAACAACUACAACUUGUAUCCUAUUGAGAUGCCAUUUGGAGGUUACAAGCAGUCAGGUUUAGGCCGUGAACUCGGAACAAGUGCCAUUGAUAGUUAUACACAGACUAAAAUGGUAUAUGUAGAGAUGGGAGACGUAGACUGUCCUUACUAAUUAUAGACCCAUCAAAUUCUAGAGAAGGACAUACGGUCGAGUAUAUAAUCGUUUUGCGUUUUGAACAGAUGUAAAGACACUGUACGAAAUGCGGUCAAACAUCAAGAUUGUUUUAAGUAUCCUUGAAAGCCAAUUUAUGCUUAUGUUCUUUUAAUGCAGCUGAAUAGAAAUAUAAUGUGAAAAGGAAAUUGAUUUAGGAAUUGGAUUUCUAAGAUGUGGCUGUGGAUGCUCGCAGCUACCAUGACUGUAGAAACUAAAUUGCUGAUAUAGUAAUCGAGGUCUCAUGAGUACUACUAUGGAUGUAAUCUGGUACAUAGAGUGCAUAGACACCAUGUAUUAUGCGCUAUAUAAGUCUCCAACCAUUACCAUUACCAUUACAUCUAGGGCAAGGCAUAUAUACCAUAGCCUAAUUGAUAAAAACACAUAAUCAAGCCUCUUUAAUAAUGACAAUUUAUCUACCAGUGUUAGUCGGUGUAUAUACUGAUCUUGAGACGUCGUUCUUGUUGAUUCAUUGUAUUUUCUUUUUGUCUACAAUAUUUACCUAUCUUAAAUGUUUGGUUUUGUUCUUUUUUAAACAAUGGCUCUUAUCAGGGAACACCAAUCACCAAAUAGGUAUAUAUACAUGUAUACAAAAAUAAAUAAAUAAAAAUCAUGUUCUUACAAAUUUUCUUGUGAAUAAAAGAUUCUAUAAACAUUAA